AACCUCCCCCCACCCCUCCAUGCGGCGCCUCCUCCCCAUCACCCCGCAGCGCCGGCCCAGCCCCACCUCCCUGCCCGGAAGUGAUCGCCCCGGCCGGGGUUAAGGGCCGCGGAGAGGUCGGGCCGCCGCCGCUGCCAGGGAGAGGGCUGAUGAGCUUUUGGGAGACUGGGCAGAGCGACCAGAGAUGCUCCAGCUACAGAGGAUGAGGAGGCUUGCGGGGGCAAACUGCCUGCUCCGGAGACACAGCACUACUUGGAGGAGCUCUACCAAAAAUGCAUCGUUUUCGGAAGUGCUGCAGCUGGAGGAUAAAAAGCUCACUGGUGUAGUUUUCCCUCUCCAGGGUCUAGAGAAGUAUCUAGCCUCGAACGUGAACACUGCAAGCUUCCGGACUUUCAACCCCGGCCUGGAUGACAUCCACAGGGCAGAGGCGCUUUUCAAACCCUCGGGCAGACACACGAUUGAUUAUUUCAGUUCUGCUGUCCGCAUGGACCAUGCACCACAGCUGUCACAGCCUGAGGUGUGCUUUGUGGGCAGAAGCAAUGUUGGGAAAUCCUCCUUAAUAAAGGCCUUGUUUUCAUUGGCUCCCGAUGUUGAAGUCCGAGUGUCAAAAACUCCAGGCCACACAAAGAAAAUGAAUUUCUUCAAAGUGGGGAAAUACUUUACGUUGGUGGACAUGCCAGGCUAUGGCUACCGAGCCCCGCAAGACUUUGCUGACAUGGUGGAGGCCUAUUUACAAGAGCGUCAGAACUUGAAGAGGACGUUCUUAUUAGUGGACAGCUUGGUAGGAUUUCAGAAAGCAGACCACAUUGCCAUAGAAAUGUUGGAAGAGUUUGGGAUCCCUUACGUUUUUGUGUUAACCAAAAUCGACAAAGCUCCCAAGGGACUGUUGAUUAAAAAUGUCCUGGAGAUCCAAGACUUCGCAGAGAAACACACUCAGGGGUGCUUUCCUCAACUCUUCCCAGUCAGUUCCAUAGAGUAUUCUGGCAUCCACCUGCUGAGGUGUUUUAUAGCCCAUGUUACAGGAAACCUUCCCAUGAUGAAUUCUUGACAGCCACAACUCUCCUGUUGUAUUCUACUCAUCCAGCACAACAGUGGUGACAAGGAAGUAGCAAGAACACUCUUUCCUGCUGUAUUGCUGUAGGGCUUCCUACCUGGAGGUGGAAAGGACCUGUCCUUUAAGAAGUUAUGAGAGGAUGAUGCCUGAAAAGAAAGUCUGGUACACAGGCUGCGUGGAGUUAUGUGGUACCUCCACUCAAUGCCCCAAAAGAAAAUUACCCUAAUGUAAUCGAGCAGCAGUGGCUACAAGCUGUGAGGGCUCUCCACCACCCCAUCAGUUCCUAGGAGAAAGAGCAGAUGAAAAGCUGUGACUGGUGAGAAGAUGACGACUGCUUUGACAGCACUUGUUAAUGGAGCACUCUGCUGGAAGAAUUAGUACUUACGUAGCAUCUAUUGCCUUAGAGAGCAAGGCCUGAGGAUUUCAAAGGGGUGGAGGUUACCUCUCCUUUUUGCACUGUGUUCUCUUGCUUAGCACAGACUUCAUUGUGGACCUCUCAGGGAACAAACCAAAAUUCUAAAGUGAUGACAACUGACCAUAAAGGAGUGAACUUCCAUGGCAAAUGAGGUACAUGCUGCAUCUCUGGCCCUACCUUGUCCCUCAGUGGCAGCCUCCUAUUCUUCAGGGGCAUAUAACAAAUGUGGAAUAAACUUCUCACACUAAGUUGCAUCUGUCCAGCAAUGCCCACUAGAUGGCAUAGCUGUAGUGUUACUGAUGGGUAAGAUUUCCUUCCCAGAAGAUCACCCAUUCUUAAGCUCAGUUUACACUGGUGGGGUGUGGAGUAUUGGCUGUGUUCUCACUUGUCACUGCAGGGGCUAGCUGUAUGCCAUGGCAACAGGCUUCAAGAGGGGGGAGCAGCUGCAGCCUUUUACUGGGGUAAGGGAAGGCUUAAGUAGGAGGAUGUUACACUGCUAAAAAUAGCACUGUAGAGCAAGGAGGUAGGUGUGUGUGUGCCCACACACACACCCCUACCUUUCCAGCCUGGGGGUUCAGGUAUGUGCUCUUCACUGCAGCAAUGCUGUUAAAUACCAAUACUAUGUCUGUACUCUACAUGUGACUUAAGUGUAGAUUAAGAGGGUGUGUGGUCAAGUUCAUGUCUGUUCAUAAAAGGAAAUGCUUUACCUAACCUAAUUGACCUCAGAAACUCAUUGUCAUUAGAUGUUAAUCCUGCUACCUGAUAGUAGCCACUCCUAAAAACAGGAUCUGGGAGUUGUUGGAACAGUAGCCUAAUGCAGUAAACUAAUUCUUAUGUGCUGUAAGCAAAAGAGAUUGAUCAAAGUACUUAGGAGUUAAAUCCAUCAAGCAGAACAAAGGGAGAGUUAGGGCUAUGACUCCAUCUAUAACCACUGUUAGAAGUGCUUAGUGUCAUAACAGCAGAGGUGCUGUCCCAAAUGGUACAUCUCUCAGGGGCAAAGAGUUUCCUGGAGCACAUGCUAUGGCUCAAUGUCAGUUCUUGGUGAAUAGUUUCAGCAUGCUAGCAAACCUUUUUCAGAAGCAUCCACUCAGUUUUGGGUACUGCAUGCUCUGGACUCUUGCCAAGUUAAGCAUCCAAAAUUAAUGGACCCUUGUGAAAAGUGUCUUAAAUCCUAUAGCUUCAUAUACAUCUGCCUGCCGAACCCAAGGUUCUUAUUUAAAAAAAAAAA